AUGAGAUGUUGUAAUCGAAGGAACACAGUGUACAAGCCAACAAUUGGCAAUGGAAUUCCUAUGUCACAGCUCAAGGUGCUUACCUCUCCGAUUGCAGCUACAUUCUUUGCCAAUGGUAAUGUCCCGCCGCACUUGAACAACAUUACGGAACGUUUCAAGGCUGCAACAGAUCCAAAGCAAGCCAUCAAAGAAUAUCAGAAGCUUCACAGAGUGCGGAAGAACAAGGUGAUCUGGGACUCCGGUGCGAGUCAUUCUCUUUCUCCAUGCAAGAGGGAUUUCAUUGGACCCAUUCAACCAGCUCCGAUUGGACUACGAAUCAAAGGGAUUGCAAGAGGACUGCAUAUUGCCGGUGUUGGGUAUGUGAGAUGGUCAUUCAUUGACAAGACCGGACGAUUGAGAACUCUGAAAGUGCCAGCAUACUACGUACCAAGUGCUUCUGUUCGACUUCUCAGCACCACCAGUCUGCUCCAAGCCUAUCCACUGGAACAAAUCUCGCAAUCAAGCACACUAUUGACAAUGAUUGGAACCAAGGAUUUGCUGUCAAGGGACAAUGUGAGACAAGAUGAAGCUACCAACUCAAUUGAAGUUGCAAUUGACCCAGCAACAAACCUACCUACCUCUCUUGCCUACGAUCAUGGCUCCAACUCCAACUCCACAAACUUUGAAGCCGAAUUCAACAACUUUCUGACAACAUUGCCACUCUGUGCAGGAUGUCAAUUUGGCAAGCAACGUCGUCGUCCAGCUCCUGGAAAGACCUCAAGGGUGGUCCGCGAUCGUGAGGGAGCCCUGAAGAAAGACAACUUGUUCCCAGGACAGAAAGUGUCAGUGGAUCAUUUUGUUUGUUCAACAAAAGGACGAUUGCUACAUACCUUUGGAAAGGAAGAUGAUUCACUUCGAUUCUCAGGUGGAUGCAUCUUUGUGGAUCAUGCCUCCGGUUUCGUCCACGUCCAUCAUCAGGUUCAUCUCAACACUCAUGAAACUUUGCAAGGCAAGGAAGCUUUUGAAAACAAGUGUCGAGAGUUUGGAGUUAUUGUGUCAGAGUACCAGAGUGACAAUGGUGGAGCUUUCACAUCAACGGCAUACACUGAGCACUUACGACAGUUUGAACAGGUUUCUUUGUUUGCAGGAGUCGGAGCUCAUCAUCACAAUGGAAUCGCCAAACGAUCCAUCCAAACGAUUAUGUCCAUUGCGCGAACGAUGAUGUUGCAUCAAGCCAUCCAUUGGCCUGAUGUGGCUGCUGCCAACUGUUGGCCCCUUGCCGUGGAUCAAGCUGUCUUCUUGUACAACCACAUUCCAAAUCCAACCACAGGUUUAUCUCCGAAUGAUCUCAUCAGUCGCACCCGCUGGCCUCAAUCUCGACUCGCCGAUGUUCAUGUUUGGGGAUGCCCAGUAUACGUUCUUGAAAAGAAGAUCCAGGAUGGACAAAAGCUGCCUCGGUGGCAACCCCGCUCAACUUGGCAAAUCUAUGUUGGAUUGAGCAAGAAGCACUCAUCGUCAGUUCCAUUGUGUUUGAAUCCAGCAACUGGCGCCAUCACAUCCCAAUUCCACAUUGUGUUCGAUGACGAGUUCUCAACAAUUGCUACGAGUGUCAACGACUUACCGGAUUUUGGUUCUAAUGAAUGGAUGAAGCUCUUUGGAGACUCGAUCUACCAAUACAUCUUGGAUGAUGAUGAUGUUCAUGAGCCUCCAGUCGACCAGGCUCCAUCCGACCUUCCGCCAUUGGUGUCUCACGUCCGAGACCAAAUUGAACAUCAUCGCCCUUCAGAACCAUUGGACGUCAAGGCCCCACCUACCACCGUGCCACCAACUGUCGGAUUGUCAAAUCAGCAACCUUCGCUCCAGAGGGAGAUGCCACUAUCUUCGCUCCAGAAGGAGACUCCACUACCUUCACUCCUGAGGGAGACUGUGAAUGAGGCUCCGCCUUCCCAGCCGUCUGCGCCUCAGAGGGAGAUGAAUGCGACUCCAAAGGAGAUGCCACAGCCCCCUACACGUCCAAAACCAGCUCCACAGCCUACACGUCCAAAAACGAAACCAGCUCCACAGCCUGCUCCUGCUCCUAAGCCUUCAGCUUCACUACCACCUCGCCGUUCCAAACGUUCCACUGCCGGAAAAGCUCCCAAUCGACUCAUUGAAUCCCAAGGACACUUUGCUUCUGCCGACAACGACAACGGAUACUUCACUGCCUUCUUCAACACUUUCAAUACCAAAUGGAUUGAGACUCCAGAGAGUCUUUUCUCUUAUCCAUCUGCGUACAAAGUCCAAGCCGUCAAGGAUCCCGACACUCUGUCAUACAACGAGGCAAUCAAGUCGAAUGACAAGGAUAAGUGGUGUGAAGCUGCAAGGAAAGAAAUUGAAGAGCUCGAAGGAAAACUCACCUGGAAAGAAGUCCCAAUGUCGGACGCCAAAUCCAAGAUCAUUCCUGGAAUCUGGGUGUCUCGAGUCAAACGUAACCCAAGUGGUGAAAUUAAGAAGCACAAGGCAAGAUAUUGUGUGAGAGGAGAUCUCGAGAACAGACCUCCUGACGAAGACACCUUUGCACCUACCGUUGCCUGGAGUACUGUUCGCAUGUUUCUUGUUCUCUGCAUGAUACUUGGAUGGACCACUGUUUCUGUGGACUUCAGCAACGCCUUUGUUCAAUCCAAGCUUCCAACUCCUAAGUGGAUCCAUCUGCCACGCGGAUUCGUAUCACCUCAAGGUCCUGGCACUUGUCUAAGACUUCAGAGAUCAUUAUAUGGACUUUCUUCAAGCCCCCAUUUCUGGUCAGAGACGUGCAAGAAAGGUCUAGAGAAGUGUGGACUCAAGCAAUCGAAAAUUGACCCUUGUCUGUUUUACAAACCUGGAAUGAUGGUGGUCCUGUACGUUGAUGAUGCAGGAAUUGGUGCCGCUGAUCCCCAAGACGUUGAUCGCUUAAUCGACCAACUACGCGACCUUGGAUUUGAGCUGAAGAAGGAAGGAAAUUUCAAUGAGUUUCUUGGAAUCAAAUUUGACAAACGAGAUGAUGGUUCAAUCGAACUUACCCAAACUGGUUUGAUUGACAAGAUUCUUGUUGCCGCUGGAAUGACCGAUUGCAAGCCGAAUCGCACCCCAGCCACUGGCCCUCUUGGAUCCGAUCCUGAGGGAGAACCUAUGAAUGAAGAGUGGAAUUAUCGAUCCAUUGUUGGAAUGUUGUUGUACCUAUCGACAAAUACAAGACCGGACAUCAGUUUUGCAGUGAGUCAAGUGGCCCGCUUUAGUUCCAAUCCAAAGCAAUCACACGCAACUGCAGUCAAGACAAUUCUACGUUACCUGAAGCGCACCCGUGACAAGGGUACCAUUGUCAAAAUUGAUAGAAAGCUUACCUUGGAUAUGUUUGUUGACGCUGAUUUUUGUGGACUUUUCAAAGUUGAACCUGAUGCUGACCCAACCUCUGUCAGAUCUCGCACUGGAUUCGUCAUCAAGCUGGCUGGUUGUCCCGUUACUUGGAGAUCCUCUCUACAGACAAGUAUCGCAUCCUCUACACUCGAAGCUGAAUACACCGCUCUUUCUGAUGCCUUGAAGACUCUGAUCCCACUGAAGCGAAUGCUCGUCGAAGCUACCUCAAAGGUAAAUGUCUCCGAUCCAAUGGUUGCCACCAUUCGAGCUCGAGCCUUUGAAGACAAUCAAGGCUGCUACUUCCUUGCAACCAAUCAACGCAUCACUUCCCGAACCCGUUGGUACCUCAACAAGUUCCACUGUUUCUGGCAAUACGUCUCCAAAGAUGGCAUUGCUGGCGACUCCGUUGCCGUGGAGGAAAUCAAAACAUCACUUCAAGAUGCUGACUACCUCACCAAGGCUCUAUCACCUGAACCAUACGAAGCCAACCGCUUCCGCGUUCAAGGUUGGUAG